AUAGUUAAAAAUACCAAAAGAAGCCAAAAUGCUGAGAUUGAAAAUAUUUAAUGUUUGCGCUUUAUUAAUUUUAAGUUGCUUAAGUUUAACAAAUGCUAGACCACUGCAAGAAGAAGAGCAACGCCGAAUCGUACAACCCACUUGGCUCGGGGACAAUAAUCGCGCAGAAUUUCCAUCCGAUGGUAGAGUACGCAUUACGCCGGAGAAUCUGCGCGAGACAGCUGAGUGGCGUGCAAUCAUACAAAAGGCAGUUAAUGAGGGGCGUUACGCGGUGGACUUAAAUCACGAUCUAUCAGAUUCAGAAGAGCAUUUCCGACCGCAACCCUUUCCACAACCGCCGAAACAAUUCGGUCCGUCGCCGUUAGCGCCCUUUAAUCCUCCUUGGCUAAUUAAGUUCUAAAAUAGUAUAUUUCUAUACAUAAGUACUUUUAUGUUCAUAAAUAUUGUGGUUUUCUGUUUUUAUUAUUUUUAAAUACAUUUCUUUAUGAAUAGGAUUGUUUCAAUA